GUGAGUGUGAGGCCAGGAUGAAGAGCAGGUUACCCGCACCAGUGUCUCUGUGCUACAAAACCACACACACACACACACACACACAUAUAGACAUACAUACACCUCGACACAGCCUUAACUUCGCCUCUACACCAAUAUGAGUGAUUGUCAUCGCGGAGCGUUGAAAUUAAAGGAAAAAAUUAUUGAAACAACUGAAGACACAACAAAGACAUUUUGAGAGACAUAGUUCUAAAAUGAAUUUAAAAAUGGCACAAAAACAAAGCAGGCAACAAUGACUGAAAAAAAAUGCACACAGUUUAAAAACUGUCGACAAAGUGAAUAUGUGUAAAAUCAAUCAGGAGAAAAAUUUGCAUUAUGAAAAUCGGUGUGAAUAAAAAAGUGCAUACAUAUCCCCGCUAUGAAAGCAAAAAGAACAGAUAAGGAAUAUCAUGACUAAGAUACGUGAAACAAGGAUUUCCUGCCGCACAAGCAAGUGAACUGUGUAAAUAUAUUGAUAAACAAAUGGGAAAUAAGCACAAGACAUCAACAAACUUUAUAUGAUAAACAGCAGAGACUGUGAUGAUAAUGAUUCGAAAAGAGUCUCUUGAUAGAAGGUAGUUUAAAGAAUGAAUUAUGUUGAUAGUAAAUCAAUGAAAUAAUUUGACAAUAUGACAGUACUACAAGAGAGACGAAUAAAUUAAGCAACUGCCGGGGAGGCCAAAGAAAAUCUAUCUUAAGAGCGUUUGUGAUAAUUAUUAUAUUUAUAUGAAACGGUGAACUGUGCAUUAUUCACCGACAGGAGUAACGGCGGUUCGAGCCUCUGUCUGUUAGUAGGGAGACAAACUCCUCAACACAAACAGUUUUUCCCAAGUGAAAGCAGUGAGUGGAUGAGGACAAGAUGUGUGAAACAUUAUUGACUAUGGGAAUGGUGCAGUAUGAGGCUGGAGGGGGUAGAAAGGUGCUGGUGGAGGGUGAGAAAGAGGAUUUGCUGUCGAAGCUUCGACAGCUGCCACACACCCUCAUUGAGUGUCAAAGUAGGAUGGAUCGCCUCGACAGAUACAUCCAACACGUCCAUACUCUUCCCGGAAAUAUCACCUUUUUCCAAACGCGCCUUGGAAACCAGGAGGAUCUGAAAGACAUUUUCGACCGUCAGACGCACCCUGGAAAAGUUCUUGGGCACCAGGAGGUCCUCCGGGACGUCUUGGGACCUCAAAUGCAUUCGGAAAAUGCACAUAGAUACCAGAUGGACUUCUCUGGAGAUGCCUGUGGAACUUACGUACACCAUGGGAAAGCCCUUGGCUCUCAGAAACGCUCUGAAGAUGCUCUUGGACGCCAUAUUGAUCUUGGUAAAGCCCUCGAACCUCAAACAGAUUUUGAAGAUAAAGCCGUCGGACACCAAAUACAUCCUGAAGAUGCCUUCGCACCCCUGACAUACCCAGGGGACGCUCAUGGUACUCAGGCACACCCUGGAGAUUUCGUAGAACUCCAAACACACCUGAAGUACCCUCAACAGUUAGACACAAGCUCUGAUGAGGUAAUUAUGCAUUCUAAAAGUCUUCACAGCAAUACUGAUUGUGUCCAUGCUGUGCAGCUGCCUCAAACGGUUACUGAAUCGCCCUACUCAAACUGCAAGUACUGGCCCUGUUGAUUUUAUUUCAGCAUCUCUGAAGCCUGUCAGUCUCAGUUCUGAUGAAGACCAACAAAAACCGACAAUGGAAGAAAAAAAAGAUGAGGAGAUAGAAAGCCAAAAAAGCACUAAGGUAAUGCGUAAAGCUUCGAUGCUAGAAGUGAAAGAGGCUGAAGAACAUCAGUUGGAGAUGAAGUGGACUGUAAUAGACAGAGAGCUGACGGACACCUCAGAGGAUAUAAAUAACGAAGCUGAGGGAGAUGUCGCAAAUGGAACUGGAAGUGAAUAUGAUAAUAGGACACAUGUUAGGACACACGAGGCCUGGGUAAGAAGACGUAAAACGCUGGAAAGACAACCGAAUAUAGACUAUGAAUUAAUGAAAAGCAUCAGCGAUCAGGUGACAAACUCAAAUUCAGAUGAUCAUCCCUUGCCAGGAGCAUCACAAAGAGACUGUCGCUAUGGAGAACACACAGAAUCACUUGGAAGGAUAACAGCGAAUCUUAUUGGUGGUAGUGAAGGAGCGGAAGAAACCUGUAAAAAUGCUGACGUUCUACUAGAUGAGGUGCAGAGGAAUAGCUUGAUGAGGGACGAUGCUUCCACCCUUCCGCCCACUACAAUGUCCUCUAAUGGUUCAUGUUCUUACCCCGCCCCGAAGUUUUCUCCCCAUAUGCACCCAGGGGCAACAGAGUCUUUUAUCAAAAUAGGAAGCGACUCAAGUUCGACACACGUUAUUCUCCGAGGGGUUGACCUCGCAGGACCUUAAACACACACUAGUCCUAGUCAUUGUGAUUUUCUUUCUGAUGUUUGGCCUGCUGUUCCUUGCUUGCUGCCUCCUGCUGGUGGUUCCCGUCGUCACCGUUUCUGUAAGGACCUUGGGAGGACCCGCUGCUUUCUAGGACGCUGUAAUACUCUUCAGUUUCAGGAGGAGCACGAAAAAUAAAACAAGGAAUGAAGAAAAAAAGGGCCGCUGUAUGUAAGAAAAGGACCCUUUAUGGAGCUAAUAUGGAUUUUUUCAUGAAGGAAAGGCACCCUAUAUGACAGAAAAAGACCCUGCGUUAAGGGAAAAGGAAACUUUAUGAAAGAAAAUGCCCCUUAUGAAACUUAAAAAAAAAAAAGAAUUUUUUUUAAAGGAUGGGUCUCUUUAUUGGAAGAAAUAGGCUUUUCAUAAUAGGAAAAGGGCAAUGUAAGAAAGAAUAGGCACAUUAUUAUCCUCAUUAGGGUUUUUUCAUAAAGGAAAAGGACCCCUUAUAAAGGAAAAUGGUUCAUUAAAAGAAAAACGACAAACUAUUAAGAAAAGAUAUCUGCUGUGGGGGACAACUGCUCAUUAGGAAGGACAGAAAUGUGCGACCUCGGGAUUGAAGUGUAAUUUCAAGACAGUCACUUUUGCAGGACAAGAUUUUGUCGGGACCACGUUUUAUCAGAUCAUCGAUAAAGCUCUAUACAGAGUGGAAAUAUGACUUCAUAAAGCUCUACACAGAACGAAACAUGACGAUAAAAGGGAUACACAGAGUGAAGCUAUGUGAUAUAGCUCUACAUAGCGAAGUACUGUGAUAACCCUCUGCACAGAGCGCAGCACGAUUUGAUAAACCUCUGCACAGAGCAAAACACUGACUUGAUAAAGCUCGACACAGCGAUAUGAUGUCCUAUUAAAAGCCUGUUCUAUAACUUUGUUGACCGCGUUACAGUGGGCAGGCAGAGUACACUGGUCGGAUCCCGGCUCAUUUCAAUCUUCUCUUACUUGUGAGUCCAGCUGACAUAAAAUUACACAGUUUUGAAUAUAA